AUGUUAUUGAUUUCAGUAGAGUUGAAGACAGUUUUAAAAUAUUGGGAGUAGUGUUUAUAAAAUUUGAAAUCAAGCCUUAAGUUCUUUCUCACUAGCUAUAGUUUCUGGUAAUAUUCUAUCAAUAUUAUUCUUGUUAUAGGCUAGUAGUGCACUUUAAGUUAGAUUGGAGUUGAAAAGGAAGCUACUUUGAAAACUAAAGCAAACUUUAUGUCACUUUAAUUGUUAUUGCUUAUUCGCCAUAUAAAUUAAAAAAUUAUAUUAAAAUUAGGAGCAAAUAUACACAUUUUGAAUGGUAUACUGAUUCUUUGGGAAGUUAUCUGCAAAAACUUGAAUUUUCAACUACAUCAUAAUACAUUAGGAUAAAUUUAUCAACUCAAACAUAAAAUUGUUAGUAGAACAGUUUAAUAGUAAAUUGAAUCAAGUAGAAAUAAUUAUCUACAAGUAAAGGAAGUCAAAGUGUUAUGAUUGGCACAAGUUAUGCAGGAUAAUAUAAUAUCAAAAUUGAUAUUGACAUUACCUUCCUUCUAGUUAUCUAUAAUAAAACAUUUAGUCAAUAUGAUUAAAUGAGAGCAUCUUCUAUUAUCUCUACAGCACCUGCUCUUAAACUUAGUGAUUUGCCAUGA